UGGGCACCGCCUGGCGGUCGGGCAUGCGCAGUGCGUCAGCGGGCAGGGGGCGGGCCGCCCGAACCCGGAAGCAGAGUAGCCCACGUGGGAGCCGGGGAGGGGCGGCCUUGGUUAGGCUACCUGGUUGUGGGUAGUCUAAGUCGAGAAUCCAGGCUAUUCGUACUCUGAGGGGGCGAGGUAGAGACGGCCAUCGGGUCUCCUUCGCCAAUGUUGGGGACCCGGAGCGGGCCGUGGCGGGAGUGACCAAUCCUGAUGACGUAGCAGGGGGCAUCGACCAUGGCACUGCUCUGGGCCGUCAGGGGCGCGACCUCGCGGUUUUCGGGUCGCCUGCUCGCGCGUCAUUCCUCUCAAGCGGCGAGGCGUGGGGAGCGGCCCGGCGGGGAGGAGCUGAGCCGCCUGCUACUGGAUGACCUGGCGCCGACCCCGCGAUCUGCGGAGGGACUGGAGCGUCUGUUUGGCCUGUCCCCUUGUCUCCUGGCUCUGCGAGCUGCUCGUCGCCGCGUGGCCAGGCUUCUGCUCCAGGCCGGCAGGUCAGGGUUGCAAGGGGAGCGGGCCGAGCUGCUCCGGGCGGCAGAGGCGCGUGACAUACCAGUUCUGCGGCCCAGACGGCAGAAGCUGGACGCCCUGUGCCGCUACCAGGUCCACCAGGGCGUCUGCAUGGAGGUGAGCCCGCUUCAGCCUCGGCCUUGGACUGAGGUCGGGGAGGCGAGGCCAGGCGACGACCCCCGGCAGCUGUGGCUUGUCCUCGAAGGGCUCCAGGAUCCCCGGAACCUUGGGGGCGUGCUGCGUUCUGCUCAUUUUCUCGGAGUGGAUAAAGUCAUCACCAGCGGGAGAAACAGCUGCCCACUCACUCCAGUAGUCAGCAAAGCCAGCGCGGGGGCUAUGGAGGUGAUGGACCUGUUCUCCACUGAUGACCUGGCCGGUUUUUUACAGGCCAGAGCCCGGGAGGGCUGGCUCGUAGCUGGCACAGUGGGCUGCCUGGGGCCUGAGAUUUCCUCGUUCGCUGAGAUCCCUGUCACUAGCUGCUUGGAGUUCCUCUGGGACCGGCCUACUGUCCUAGUGCUGGGUAAUGAGGGAUCUGGUCUGUCCAAGGAGGUACAGGCCUCCUGCCAGCUUCUCCUUACAAUCCUGCCUGGCCGGCAGCUGCCCUCUGGACUUGACUCCUUGAAUGUCUCCGUGGCUGCAGGAAUUCUUCUUCACUCCAUUUGCAGCCAGAGGAAGGGUUUCUCUGCAGAGAAGAGAGAGCAACUUCUCUAAGACCCGCAAGGAACCUCAGCCACAUCAGCAGGGCCCAGAGUGGCUCAGCACCCAGGACUGUCCUCAGAACCAGAACAAGAGAGGUGUAAUGGGGGCUGACUUGGACUGUCUGAGGUGUGUGUGCUAGAGGGCACACACAUCCACAUGAUCGAAUAUACUGGAGUCUCUUGCCUGAGAGUGCACCCAGGCCCCUGUUUACUAGGCACUAUCUUUUAGGGCAGGAAGCUCUGCGAUGGAGACCAAAGGGAAGUUCAGUUUCCUGUUUUGAUUUUGGACUUGCGGUUGGAAGUGGCAGCUUGUUAGUCUCCAAGAUUGUGCUGGGAUAGAGGGUCUCUUUCCUCCUGGGCCCUGCCUGGAAGUCAAGACAUACAAAGGGAAUUGGGCAGCCUAGUCCAGGUGUCCUAUUCCUCUUGAACCAGUGUGAGAAUGUAGAGGAAGGCCUCGUUCCUCUUGUGGACUAGACGGGUACAAAUCCAGGCUCCAACCCUGCCUGCCCCAGUGGUGGCCUUGAGCACGAGGCUUCAUCCUGCUGUCCCUCACAGGGCUCUUUGUGAGGAUCCAAUAAAAUGUCACCUGGGCCAUUCUGUCCCAUUCUUCCA